AACAAAUUUGGGCUUAAUUCUUCAACAAAAAACAACUCUAUUCUUAAUCGGGCCUUGGUGCAAAAAUCACCUAAAAAUCCACACGCAUAUAUCUUCGCAUCAACCCUAACCCUAACUUCCCUCCAUUUUUUCUCAUUUUCGCCGCUCAGCCCUUCUGAUCAAAGAAGAAGACGAAGAUCCGAAUAAGUCAGAGGGAGAGAAAAUGAGUCGAGGAGCAGCAGCAGGAGGUGCCAAGGGCAAGAAGAAGGGCGCAUCUUUCACCAUCGAUUGUGCGAAACCUGUUGAGGACAAAAUUAUGGAUAUUGCGUCACUUGAAAAGUUUCUUCAGGAGAGGAUUAAGGUCGGCGGUAAGGCUGGUGCUCUUGGUGAUUCUGUCACCGUUACUCGUGAGAAGAACAAGAUCACCGUGAACUCUGACAGCAACUUCUCCAAGAGGUACUUGAAGUACUUGACAAAGAAAUACUUGAAGAAGCACAAUGUCAGGGAUUGGCUUCGUGUCAUUGCCUCCAACAAGGAGCGCAAUGUCUAUGAAUUGAGGUACUUCAAUAUUGCUGAGAAUGAGGCUGAGGAAGAAGAUUAGAGCAGUAGAAAGAAGUUUUGAGCAAUGUUUGUUUUUCUUACAUGAGAUGUUAAUCUUUUUGGACGAAGUUAGAUUGUAUGUGUUUGACAUCUUAUCACUUGAAAUAUUUUGCCAAUGUUCAAUAUGGUUAUUGUUUAGAACGGCUAUUAGCCUGUUUGAUCUUGUUUUCAAUAUUAGUUUCUGGAAUGCAAAUUAAAUUAUACA